UCUUUGUAAGUGUUUCUGACUGUUUCUCCUUGAUUAUGUAUACAUUCGGUCGAAUAAAUAUGCGCGGCACCGAUAACAAAGGUCGUCGAAGUUCAUCAGUGGCCGACAAUGCCGUGGCAUGGGAAAUCCUCAGUUUUUAGAACAGUUUGACACUGGUCGCUUGGACAGCACCUUCGAAACUUUGCCAGUCCCUCGAUCGUUACUCCCAUUCCGACAAAAUAUCCGACAGUCUCAAUAUUUCAUAACUCUUCGAUUCCAUUCAAUUAGAUUUUUCGUGGAAUUUCACUUGAGGAAGAGUCAAGAAGCAUUCGUUUCGUUCUAGAUCGUAACGCUUGCGAUUUACGAGAAGAUUUGCAAAAUAUUGCGAUUAUAUUCUGCCUGAACUUCCGUACAAGCGCGUAAAUGUCUGCAGUAUCUCUUUGUAAUGAUCGCGAGUGUACGUACGUUUCAAUUUGAGAAUGAAAGUGUCGACGAAAGGGAGUGAGGUCUUGAUCGAGCGUCGAUGCACGAGCUAUAUUGUUCUUGGCUGACAGUUUCUUCAGACUCGCUCUUCUUUCGAAAUCGCGUUUCGAAAUCCCUCGGGAGACAGACGUUGACAGGCAGUUGAUCGCGGCAAUGAAUGAGAGAUCAUCUUCGAACGGACGGUGCUCGGACAGCUCCGACGAAUCGAUGUUUACGUCGGAUGUUGAACGUAGAAAAGUGUAGCGUGUGUCGCGAUACCAUCUCGCAUCUGGUGGUGGAAUCUGUUUCUUCGAGAAAGCGAGGUCUACGUGAAAGUGAAAAUCGAACGAGAUGAGUUUGAAUUGCGAGUAAGAACAAUGGUGAGCACCAACCCACCCCUAGGGGUGGCUACGAUGAAUCGCGGGAGGAACACUUUUCGCGGCGUGCCCAAAGCGGAAAUCGAACGCAGAACUAACACCCUGCUACAGGCUAUGACGAUCGAGGAGCUCUACGCCGCGCUGGUGUUCAUGAUCCAGCACCAAAUCGGCUACGACGUUUCCAAGGAGUGCGAGCUGGAAACUCUGCUGAAUUACCUCCAAAAUGCGUUCAAAGUCGACAACGACGUGCACGAGAGGGUUUUGGACGAAACGAGAAACAUGGAGCCGCCGGAGAUGCAUUUGAACGUCGAGGUGAUCGAAGCGAAGGAACUGGUGUCGAAGGACUCCAACGGCAAGAGCGAUCCUUUCUGCGCCCUUUACCUCGAGUCAGCUCCCACGAGGAGAUACAACACUGCCGUGAAAACGUUCACGCUAAGCCCCGUGUGGGAGGAACACUUCGAACUCCCUCUGGAGGACCCAGAAAACGACGUACUGUGUUUAGAAGUGUGGGAUUUCGACGCUGCUGAAACAGUUCCCGAAAAGAUGAGCAAAGUGAAGGACGUGAAGGGUGUUCGAGGGCUGGUGAAACUAGCGAAGGAGAUUGCAGUCACUGCCACUACCGGCAGCCACGACAACGAGUUCAUCGGUCGCUGUAGGAUACCUCUAAAGGACAUACCGACAACAGGCCACACAAUGUGGUACUCCCUCGAGAAGAAGAACAAGUCGAAACGACGCGGUGUGGUGAAACUGAGGCUGGCCUUCAGCGCGGAGCACAAUGCACAAGUGGCCGCGCAAGAGUACCGACACUUGAUCAGAGUGCUAUUGUUGCAUGAAAUCGAGACUCAAAAGAUAGAGAAAUACUGUUGGUGUGGCCGAUGGUCAGCGCCAGCGGAGGUACUUCUUCUUCAGCACAGCGCUCAACGGGGCUUGCUCGCCAGGAACGUGACGCUCGCUCAAUGGAUAGAGUACGCGAGAAUUCAUCAGGAACAUCCGUUGAACUUCACCGUGUUCAAUAAACUGGCGAUCGAUCUUCUGCGGCCGAUGGAGAACGGCCUUUUCUCGCCGGACGAAACGAAACUGUUUUGGGACGCAACGAAGAAGUUGUUGUACUCGUGCCUGAACAGUGUUCGCAAGAUCAGGAGGCUCCCGGCUGGAGACAAGAACGCCAUGACGCAGUUGUCCGCGAUUUUAGGAAUACUGUCGUCGAUCUCGUCCCUAAAAGUGCCUGCAGACUGCAAUCUGUUUCCCGCGAAGAUGUACUCCUGGUUCCUAGACCCUGACGAAGCACCAAGUGUCCUUCAAGCUCUCGAAUACACAGUCGAACAGGGUGGCGUCGAGUGGUUCGAACAUAUAUUGAACAACAAUUUCCCAGAGAGCGAGUCAGACGAGGAUGCGUUGAAGCAUCACAUCAAAGUAAUUCAGCUGAUCAGAGCAGAUUUGCAAAAUGCCAUCGACAAUUACGACAAGCUAUUUAUCAAACGAAUCAAUCUUCCUUACGCAAGAUGUCUGUACAUGACGUACGAGAAGAGGAUCAGCGACAUGUGCAUGAUCAUUACAGAGGAUAUCUGCGGCAGAUUGAAGCGGAUCGAAAUCGAAAACGCCGACGUGGAACUGAAUUUGGGGACGACUCUGUUCGAACUGUAUCUCGCGUUGCAGAGAUACGCUAUUCUUGGUCAAGUACUGUGCGCUGAGGGACAGCUCGAGGGUAUGAAAGUACAGAGUUACCACGAGUGGUUCAGGGCUGGCGUGGCGCACUGGCUCGAUAUAGCAGUGUACAAGGCUUUGAAACGAAUCGACAGAGCCGUGGAGUUCGACACACUGCAAGCGGUCGAUAACUCCGUCCAGUACAGCUCGAGCGCUGUAGAUACAUUAACGAUAUUCUAUCAAAUCAAAGUUUUCUGGACGCAGCUCGCGUGGCCGGACAUAGAGGGUUCUUACACUUUUAUUGCCAAAAUUAUAGACGACAUCUGCAAAUGUUCGAUCGCAUACGCGGACAAAAUGGCAAAGAAGGCAGAGCUGACCACAGAUUUGGAACAAUUGUCAGAGAGCAGCGUGUACGAGAAGAAAUUUGUCGUGUCGACGGCUUGGUGUUUCGCGAUCAACAACAUCGAUUACAUUCGAACGUCAAUUGGACCGUUGGCCAACGAUCUGGGACUUCAGAAUAUCGUGGAUGCAUUGGCGGAGAGCAAGACUCAGGAAGAGGCAGAGAGAUGCCAACAGACGCUUCAAUUAAUCAUCGACAACGCCACAGACACCGUUAGGAACAAGAUCAUAGAGCUGCUACAAGUUGUCGCGAAUAAAAUGGCCCCUGCCAUGAACAGGUAUCUGAUGGAGGGUGCAGAGUUAAUAGACACGACCAGCAAUUCCAUGGAACGACUUCUACAAUAUUUGGACAGUAAUCUAACGACGCUGCACGAUUACCUUAACGAAGACAAUUUCGAGAGGAUUUUACUCGUCAUCUGGGACACGAUAUCGGAGAGUUUAUUCCAAUUGGUGCACAAUAACCUAGAGAGAAGGAGGCCACCGUCGUUUUACUCCAAUCUCCAUCGUUCCCUACAUACCCUCAUUCGGUAUUUCAACAUCGGAGCUGACGAGGCGGCGAACGUGAGAGUUUUAGAAAAAAUCGAACACCUGCUGGAGCUCCACGGUCUGGAGACGGCCGAACUGAUACACCGUUACCAUCAGGAGAGAAUAAAGGAACAGAACGAGUUGGACGAGUCCGAGUACGGACAGAUCACUGUCAAGGCACAGUUUGUGGAUAAUUCUCUGAACAUUCAGAUACUGAACGCGAGGAAAUUGCGGCCAGUCGACAGUAACGGCGAUUUGGUAGGCAAGGUGUCUACUCUCAAGCGCAAGCUUCAUGCAAAAUCUAAACAAAGACCGAAAGAACGGAAGACAAGUAGUUGCGACUCAUACGUGAAGGUGAAGCUACUUCCGGAAGAGAAGUUCGCUGACGUGAAGCUGCCUAAAACGCACGUGCAAAAGGAGAAUCUGUAUCCGCUGUUUGACGAGAUCUUCAACAUCCCUCUGACAAACGAACAGAGAAACAUGGAAAACGCGAUCGUGGUCUUCGAGCUGAAAGACAAAGAUUUCCUUCGAUCGAGAUUCAUGGCGGAAGCUUUCCUGCCGUUCAGCGAAAUUGCUAAAACAGGCUCGGACCAAAGAAUCGAAUCUCUGGAGCAAAUCCACUUGAUGCUAUCGCGUCCAACAAGAAAGAGUACGGACGUGAUCCAAGCGUUGGAACAUAGGAAGGGAGACAACCAGGCGACAGAGUUUUUAUCGAAGCUCAGUUCCAAGGCUGAACGAAAGUAAUCGUUAUUACUUACUGAGAAAAUUGAAAAGAAUUGCUCACUGUGCAAUAGAAAGGAACAACGUUUCAACUUCAAUCGAACGAAGAUGAGAUUGUCAAUUUCAGUCGUUUGUACGAUAAGCAAUUAACUUGAUACGCGAGCCUUUAGAAAACUGCCUUACGUUGAGGCAGUUUACGUCAUCGCUAUUUUUCAAUCUAAUUUAUGUCAAACCGUUUCGCAAUUAAACUACGCAUUUCAACGUCCAACGUAUAACGUUACUUAAAACAUUUUUGUAACUUUAAAUGCGAGCGUGUGCGAGCUAUAAAUUUUGUAAUUUAUUCAAAUCGUCGCUCUUCGUUUCUCGCGUACAGACUAGAUUUGUUCACGAGAAACAGAACAAAGGAAUAGACUAUUUUUAUAAAAUUUUGAUAUGCGAGUAUACAAGCUGUUUCUAACAACCGAGACCCAUUUUCCAGGCUGUGUAUCGCUUCAACUAUCGAAAAUUGAACGUAUUUCCCUACGCGGAACACGAAACGUCGCAUUUCAAAACUAGAAAAACUAUAAGGCUGAGUAAGUGCUACUUACGAGCAAUAUCGUUGAUUAUCAUUAAGGUUUACAGUGUACGCUUAGUUGCAAUAAAUCAAAAGUAAAAUAAAAUUGCCAACAUAGGUGUACAGUAUGCAAAUAAUUGCAACUACAGAUCGAACGCGUGUAUGUUUCAUAUAACGAAAGUGUUAGUGUUGUUAUCAUUGUUGGAACGAAAGUAAAUCGCGGUCAAGAGAUCUGCUAUCGAACUCUUUGUUUGCAAACUAUCUCUCGCGACGCGACAAUUCGAAAAUUACUAUUUUUCUUUUUUUCUUUUUUUUUUCAUUCUGAAACAAACACUUUUGAACACAUUUUGAUUAACUUGAACGAUUAUCGUAUCCAGAACAGACAGAGAGUAAUCAUAUCUUACUUUAAAUAUUACAUGUAUUUAUGUAAACGCGAGGCAAUUCAAAAUGUAAUGAACGUCGAAUAAAUUAUUAAAAUGUA